AUGUUUAGUUUGAGGGGGCAUGUUGAGAAAAGUAAAGAAUUCCAUGAACCACACGAUGCAGUACUUGCAGAGAUUCAAGAUGUUUCACUCAAAUUGCCAUUAGCUCAAACUUGGGGCCCAUGUGAAGCACAAUCCCGACAACACGUUAAUUCCAUUUCCGUUAUCAAAUCUGCUACAUAUGUUUUUGAUCCCGAGAUUUUAUCCUUCUUUGAGGAGACCUCAUGCGAGCAGCUGUUACUAGGAGAAGGUAUCGUUGGUAAAGCGUUGGGUACAAACCAACCUUGCUUUACUGACAUUAAUGAUUUUCGUAGGACUGAUUAUCCAAUAAGUUCUUAUUACGGCCUGAAUGUUGCCAUGGCAAUACGUCUCCGUAGCACCUACAUGGGACCCACCGAUUUCAUCCUCGAGUUCUUCCGCCCCGCGAUUGCAAAGGAGAUGAAGAACAAAAAAAUAUUCGAAGCUCGAUAA